AAAAUAUUGCGAAGAAAAAGGAAAAGGAGCCUCCUGGAGUCAUUAUCAAGGACACGGGAGACGACUAGUUUCUACGACGUAAUCUUUGGUUGUGCGGAAAUUCAUUCCGACCAGUGCAUUCAAGGCUGGCACACGCGCAAAGUAAGGAAGAGUAAAAACCGUCCAGAUUCAAAAUCCCAACUUAACACCCCAAUUUCAGGGAGACCCUUUAACUUUCGUAAACACCGCGGCACCGCCGGACCCUCAUUUCUCUCGAAACGGAUCUUCAUUCUCUCUCUCUCUCUCUCUCGGACGAGGAGUUUUCCAUAUCCGUAAUAAUAAGCCUUGCCAGUUACCAUCGCAGAAAAGAACUGUUUCUGAUGUCUACUGUGGGCAAUGCAACAAAUAUUUUCUGGCAUGAAUGUCCGGUUGGUAAGCUUGAAAGACAAAAGCUACUUAAUCAACAAGGAUGCGUUGUAUGGAUAACAGGGCUCAGUGGAUCAGGCAAAAGCACACUUGCAUGCUCGUUAGGCAGAGAAUUGCACUCCAGGGGUAAGCUUUCCUAUGUUCUUGACGGAGACAACCUGAGGCAUGGAUUAAACAAGAAUCUUGGUUUCAGUCCGGAAGAUCGAACUGAAAAUAUACGCAGGGUCGGGGAAGUUGCAAGUCUCUUUUCAGAUGCUGGCUUAAUCUGCAUUGCCAGUUUGAUAUCUCCUUACAGAAAGGACCGUGAUGCUUGUCGCGCAAUGAUGCCAGAUGGAAAAUUCAUCGAAGUUUUCAUGAACAUGCCUCUAGAAGUGUGUGAAGGAAGAGACCCAAAAGGUCUUUACAAGCUUGCACGUGCUGGAAAAAUUAGAGGUUUUACUGGAAUCGAUGAUCCUUAUGAACCACCUUUGAAUUGUGAGAUUGAAAUACAACAGCAUGAUGGGGUAUGCCCUACACCAUGUGAGAUGGCAGGGCAAGUGGCAUCUUACUUGGAUGAGAAAGGAUUUCUGCAAUCACAGUGACUUUGUAUUUGCAUUCAGGUUCCUUUGAUCUAUCUUAUUUCACUAGUUUCGUGUCAGAACAUCAUUUUUUUAACGCAGUAGGUAU